GGGCCGCGGCACGAUGGAGGCGGACGGCCGGGCGCUGCGCUGCGUGCUGGCCGCCGUGGGACUGCUGUCGGCGCUCAGCGCGGCGGGGACGCUGUUCCUGCUGGUGCAGUGGCGGGAGCUGAGCGCGGCGCUGCGGGAGUUGGAGGCGGCGCGGAUCCCCGCGGCCAACGGCUCCGUGCGGGACCCGCUGGGCUCAGCCGGGCCCGGCCACCCGCCCCCUGCCCGCAGCAGGAGGAGCCGCCGCGGGCACGUGCGUGCCGAGAGCGAGGAGAUGCUGAUGAUGCUCACCUACUCCAUGGUGCCGGUCCGAGUGAUGGUGGAUUUAUGUAACAGCACAAAAGGGAUAUGCUUAACAGGCCCCCCAGGUCCCCCAGGGCCCCCUGGGCUCGAUGGACUGCCCGGCUACAAUGGCUCGGAUGGAGCCCCGGGUGUCCCAGGCCAAAAGGGAGAACCAGGACUAAAUGGAAAAAGAGGAAAAAUGGGUGUGCCAGGACCAAAAGGUGAUCAAGGAGAGAAAGGAGAACCUGGAGAAAUAGGUUUACCUGGCAAGGAUGGUAUGCCUGGUGUAAAAGGUGCAAGAGGAGCAAAGGGAGAAAAGGGGGAUGCAAACAAUGAUGUGAUAUUGGAAGGUGCAAAAGGUGAACCUGGACCACCAGGCCCUCCUGGGCCUCCUGGACCCCCAGGGCCUCCAGGAAAACGUAGAGGUAAAGCACAGCUUCAGGAGAACGUGUACAGCAACAAAUGCACAGGUGAGACGUGUGCUGUGCCAAAUGAUGAUACCUUGGCUGGAAAAGCUGAAGACAGACCCUCCGAUCAUUCCAAAAAAGCUGAGUGUGUCAUAACAUCUGUAGGAAGUCCUGUUCACUUUGUCAGCGUACAGCAAACGUUUGGAACGUGGAUGCGGGAACCUGCAAAUGUGAGCGAUGAAAGGAUUUGGCUUACCAUGCACUUCUCAGGAAACUCUAUAAAAGAAUAUGAGAAUUCCAAUGCCUUGCUGAAUGACACCUACAGGAUCAUUAACAUCACAGGGUUCUUUUACGGUUGUGGUCACGCAGUACAAAACAAUCAUCUGUACUACCAAAAGGGAGGAACCAAUGUCAUUCUGAAACUUGGGCUUGAUAAAGCAUCGCUGGGCACGCUGCUCAUUGAGAAUGCCUUGUAUCAUGGCCGUAACUACCUCUUUUCUAACUCGAAGACGUAUUUCAAUGUAGCAGUGGAUGAAAAAGGACUCUGGAUUAUAUAUGCCUCAAGCACUGAUGAAACUAUAAUAGUAGCACACAUUGAUGAAGAAACAUUCUCGAUCAUUCGGCAUAUCAAUACCACAUAUCCUAAGUCCAAAGCUGGUAAUGCAUUCAUAGCAUGUGGAAUUAUGUAUGUUACUGACACUAAGGACAUGACAGUAAGUUUUGCUUUUGAUUUACUGAAAGAAAAGCAGAUUGAUGCAAGGUUUGAAUUACGAUCUUCACAGUCUGUUCUUGCUAUGCUUUCAUACAGUCUAAGAGAUAAGAAUUUGUAUACAUGGGAGAAUGGGAGUUUAAUGGUAUAUCCAGUACAUUUUGGUGGAUGAAUAUAUUUUAAAAAGGAAAGUUAGGAAGUCAUGUUUGAUUAAACAGAUUAUUUAAAGCUAUAUGAUAUACAUAUUGGAGUCCCUUCACUUGGUAUACCCUUUCUGUUCACUGAUGGUGGUUUGCAUGUGCGCAUAAAAGGGAAAUCAGACCCCUUUGUAUAAAUUCACUUAAAUCAUACAGGCCAUUUCUUCUUUUUGUUGUUCAGAGAAUGACUGUUCAAUAUUACAGCUGGCACACAGUUACCACAGACUUGCUUUUGUUUUUCCCAUUCUUGAGCCAAUAAUUAGACCUAAUAUAUGUUGAUUAUUCCAUGGUCUUGCGAUCAGCAGUGGCUAUUUAUAACUUCCAGUUGCAAUCAUCUUAUCUGCGAUCAUUUUCUAGUCAGUGAUUAUGGUAUAAGUGUCUAAAUAAUGAACUUGUUUACAGAUCCUUUCCUCUGUUAUUUUCACUUAAUACUUGCCCCAAUCCUCUGUGAACAUAUUUUUGAAACAGAUAUAGAGCUGUUACAAGGAGUGGAAAGAGUUGUUUAAAUAUCAAAAAGCAAAGAGCUUCACAUUUGAAAAGUCCAGGAAUUGUUACAUCGUUAAAUGCACAGUCCAGUCCCAGUUCCAAGGAAAGUGGUAAUAAUGGCAUUAUUAAAUACUGAAGCAUGUGAAACUGUGUUUAGUAAAGCAAAUGCGGUAAGGAAAGUAACUGGGUAUAAAAUUGGAAGAAAACAUGUAAAUUUUUUAUUAAAAUUCCCGUUUAAACAG